UCGAGUUCCAGACAAAUCAUCAGAGCUUCGGAUCCCGGCUGUAAGAAGGAGAAGUGGCACCUCGACAUGGCAUUACCAUUGUCAAAUGUGCAGGUUUCCAGGGAGAAGCUGGUCUGUGCCAUUUGUCUGGAGGUGUUCAAGAAUCCGGCGACGAUUCCAUGUGGACAUAAUUUCUGCUUGGAAUGCAUCCAUCGAUUCUGGGACCAGCAGUUUAGUGUUGGGGCCUAUAGCUGCCCUCAGUGCAGGGAAAAUUUCAUCCCCAGGCCCACGCUCCACAGAAAUAUAAUUGUCUGCGACAUAGUGGAAGAUUUUCUCAAGUCGGUUACUAAGGCUGGCAUCUCUCAGCCCCUGGCAGGGCCAGGGGAUAUCACCUGUGAUUUCUGCAGCGGUAGCAAGCUGAGGGCAGCCAGGUCGUGCCUGGUAUGCCUGGCAUCUUAUUGUGAGGAGCACCUGACACCUCACCGGGAAAGCCCGGCGUUCCAGGAUCAUCCCCUGACCGAGCCUGUGCGAGAUAUCAAGGAGCGCAAGUGCAAGAUGCACAGGAAGCACCUGGAACUCUUCUGUAGGAACGACAAGACUUUCAUUUGCUGCGUAUGUAUGACUAGUGAGCAUCGUAAGCACGAGGUGGUAACGCUGGAGGAAGAGGUACAGAGCAGGAAGAAAGAACUUUAUCUAAUGGAUCUUGAGAUGGAGAAGCAGCUACAGGGGACACUGCUGGAGAUUGGAACACUUCAGGAAAAUAUCGACUCAAUCACGAGAACCGCACAACGAGUGGAAUUGGAAAUCACCAACAAAUUUUCUGCAAUGACUGAAGCCAUCGAUGAGGCCCUGAAAGUGGUGAUUGGGUUAAUUGGGAGGGAGCAGCAGGCAGCACUGAACCAGGGCAUCAGCAUCAGGACCCAACUGGAGCAGAAAUGCACCGAGAUCAGAGAGAAGAAACUCCAGUUGGAAAUCUUGGCCAAUAAGAGCGAUAAUUUAAAAUUUGUACAGGAGUCCCUUUGUUUCAGCUCCUCCUCUCUGGUCUCUGAAGUCCCUAAGUUAAAGUCCGAUCUACAUUUCAAGCUGGCUCGUGCUAGCGAAGCAGCCACCGAUCUUUCUGUCCAGGUGAAGGAAUGUCUGCGUCAAGCCAUGAAACGCAAACUGAAGAGUGCAGAGACAAGAGGAAAUGAGAAAGCUGCUCGAUCAUCAGAUGUGUCUCCACAUACUUCUCUACUUCCUCAAGAACCCAAGAUUCGGAAAGAGUUUUUACAGUUCCUCUCACCAUUAGAUGGCACUGCUGCUCCUCCAAGCAACGUCUCCCAGGUCUGUUCUUCUCGGCGGCACUGCAGGUGUCAUGAAGCUGACUUUUGAUCCAAACUGACCGCUUUUCCCAUUGGGAUCAGAGAGUAGAACACAACUAACCAAAGCCAUGGAACGAUCCAGAGCAUCUAUAGAGAUUUGAUAAUUGCUUGCAAGUCAUAUGUUUGGAGACUCACACCAGGGAAAUGUUACUGGGAGUUUCAUCUUUUCAAAGGCCUGUGAGGCAUCUGUGGCAACCUAGUAUGCACCUGUUAUUUGGGGAAGGAUAGUUUGGCUAGGAGUUAGGAAUGCGUCCUAGUGUUUGGAAAUCACACACCAACCCUCCCAUCUGACUCUCCCUCAUUCCCUCCCCAUUGCCCCGGUAAAUGGAUUGCAUUAUGUGCCUUACUGUGUCCACUUGGCACAAUUAGGUAGAGUUACCUGGCCAGUAACUCUAUACAACUGGUUUGGGAUUUACCUAGAUUAUCCAAGUGACACCUCGUCGUUUUACAGGAUGAAUCUGCUACAUAGCUUCCAAGCUGUCUUUAAAGAGCCACUGUAUCCUGUGUUUUACAUUGGGUCAAGCACAUCUUUUUGUAUUUGCCAGCUCAAGUAACGAGGGGCAGGCUGGAUUUUCUUAAAGCUAAGUUUAUUUCUCAGCUUUAUUCUUUAUAUGUAUGUUCUGAGAAUAUCUGGCUCAACCCUCCCUGACGAUUAUUAUUCUUGUGUGUGCCAUUUGUGGCAUUGCAACUAAGCCUGAUAACAGCUUCCACCCAAUAACAAAACGCAUUUGGUUAGUUGAACUCACUGGGCAACUGUAAGGAGCAGGUGACUAUUCUGACCCUUGGGUCAUGGCCUAGAUUGGUGAGUACCACACCACCUCACUUAACGGGUCUUGCACUAACACCAACCAAGCUCAUUUCACUCAAGGCCUUUGUUGUGAAUGGUCUGAGCUAAAUGUCCUGCGGCAAGUGACUCACCUCCUGAAUCCCCCGGCAGGAGUCAGGAGUGUGAUGGAAUACUCUUCACUUGUCUGAAUGAGUAUAGCACAACACUCAAGAAAUUUGAAAUCAUCCAAAACAUAGCAGCCCACUUGGCUGGCACCACUUUAAACUUUUACACCUUUCACCACAGGCACACAGUGGCAGCAGUGUGUACCAUCUUUAGCACUUUACAAACUCUUGGCCUCUACCAACUAGAACAGGCUUAUCCAAUGUUUUUGUUCAAGGAGGGGGCACGUUUCCAUUUUUUUUCCUCAUUCAAGGAACCAGUGGGCAAAUUUCUGAAAGAUAAGGCUUGCCACAACAAUAAAAUAAAUUAAAAAAAACUGUUGAGGUAUUAAUGAAAGAAACUAUUCCUGAGCAAAAGUAAAGCAAGGUCAUAACAAAUUGUUGUUAAAAAAGAGUAAUUAAUAAAAAUAACCAGAGUGUGAGAAGGUCAGUGUGCGUGUGUCUGGCUCACUCCCAGCCUCAGGGUGCUCACUAACUCACCCUCUCACUUUCCCCCACACCACCCUCUCUCACUCCCCUACACCCACCACAGCACCAUCUCCUUUCCAGGCACACAGCAAUAUUUGCGCUCCCCGGGCUCCAGCCUCACCACUCCUUCGUUUCCCUUGGACCCGGCAAGCCUCAGCACACUUGCCACUGUUCAUUGCUCCUCCAAUCAGAGACUGUUUUUCUCUCUCUCAUUUGCUGCUAAUAGGCUCUGUAGAGCCUAUUAGCAGCAAAUUUUGGAAAUGUUGUGAUUGGAGGCGCAUCCCUUACAAAAUCUUGAAUUUCACUUAUCAGCAUUUUGAACAUACCAUCUUUUGAAUAGUGGUUCUGUGGGCCGCCAGUUGGACAAGUCUGAUCUAGAUGAUACAUGGCAACACCAUCUCACCUGCAAGUCCCCCUCCAGGUCAUACACCAUUCUAAUUUGGAACUAUAUUGCUGCUGUUCUUUCAUCGUCACUAGGUCAAAAUUCUGGAAUCCCUUCCUAACAGGACAGGCUGCAUCUCCACCAGAUAGCCUGCACUGGCUCAAGAAAGUGACUCAGCAGCAUCUUCUCAAUGGCAUUUAGGGGUGGGCAAUAAGUACCAGCCUUGCCAGUGACGCCCACAUCAGAGAAUAAUUCAAAGCCUGGUAAGGCCUGGCCCUGUGCAGUAUUUGGUUCCUUGAUUUGUGUCUAUACCCAGAUGCCCUUAUUCUGUAUGGUUAUUUAAGGGCACUCAAUAUCAAAGGUGUGGUUGUGAUGUGAUCAAUACACAUGAACACACAGAGGGCAAAACUUAAUGCCCCUCCUGAGGUGUCUUUGGAGGUGGGCUAGAAGGUUUAGGGUGAGGACCCCAUCGUCCUCCAAUUUCUGUCCCGGAUGGCUCGUGGAUGGCCUUCCCGCCCUAACUACAAUUGAGGUGCUUAAGUAGGCUUUAAGGGCCUUCCUCCCACCUCUGGUAUUCAACCUGCUUGCUUGCAGACUGCUGGAGGGUAGGGGCGCAGGUCCCUUGUUGUCAGACAUGCACUGCCUGAUCAAAAGACCUGGCCUCGGGCAGGGGGCGGGGCACUGAAAACCACCUCCCUCAUCCCCACCUAGCCAGCAGCCCACUCACUGCUCUUACUCACCAGUGGCCUGGGCCCUUCAGCCAUUCAAGGCCUCUGGUGGGUUCAUUAUCAGCUGUUACCGCAUGACGCUUCCUACAAUGGAGAGCCACUGGCAUCUGAUUUGUUAGCAGCUUUUGAUGGCGAGAUUUCCAUCCCCUGGCCACUUAGUGCUUUACUGGCAUUUAAGUCAGCCGUCAUUCCCAAAAGGAAGUGAUGCAGAACUUUUGCUGGCUCUCCAGCCAGCAGGCAAGGCCCCCAUUGUCUGGAUUAAAUUCCACCCACUAUGUGGAAGCAUUCCAAUGUCUCAAGUCAAUCUAUCACACAGAUCAUUGUGCCAAUUUUCCAGCGUGGUCUCAACAUUCUGGUGACAGUCAUCGGAUUAUGGGAACCCUUCUGGGAUACUCCAUCCAUCCAAGUGAGCAAUGAAGGUGGGCAAGUGGGAAGAAUGCUUGCAAUUUUCGAUUCACAAUCCUGGUAAAUAAGUCUCAAACCUAGAUCAUGCAGUUGACAAACUUUUCCUAAUCCUGUCAAGUGCUGGAAGUGUCAUUUCUGCAGCCAUUAGUGCCUUGAAUGCUACCUUGUUGCAUAUUUUAUUCUCUUCCUGCUGUUCUAUUGCGUAUAUCACAUACUUUAGCAUUUGCUUCUAGCUCCUAUAACAGUUGUUAGUUGGGUGUUUAGGGUGGGACUAUGACACCUUCCUAUUUUGUAAGUACAUAUGAAAGUAUUAAUUAAAAUCUCUCUUCCUACAUUCCAAUUAUAUAGGAAGCAUAUUAUCAAUGGAUUAUAUAAAGCAAGCUGCUGCUGUUUCACUACAAUUAAAUUAGAUUUAGAUCAAUAAAAUUUAUGUAUAUGAUUCCUUGUGUGAUACGGUCCUGAAAUUAUAUAAUAAAUGAUUGGUCCUUACAUAACUCCAAAUACCGACCCUGAUAUUAACUCCAGGUGGGUUUUGCACUGGUGAGUUUAGGAAUUCUCACCUGCUGCAGCAGAAAACAGGCCCAGAUUAUUUUAACUCCUAAAGACUGUUAACAUACCGCCUGUAAAAUUGCUGCUCGGGAUAAGGGCAAUUUAGGAUGGGAAAUAAAUGCUGUCCUUGUCAGCAACAACCAUAACCCACCUGAACCGAAGUAAACAUGUAGUCGGUGGGGAAGAACACUCUGGGACGGAGUUCAGGGCAGGAUGGGCACACGUUGUAUUAGAGGCAGAGAAAACAUGGCAAAAUGUGCUACAGCCUUUAAUUGUUGCUGAAAACAAUUGAGAGAAUGAAUUCUUCAGAUGACUGAGGAAUGAUGAGAGGAGGGGAGGUGCAAAGUGCACAGUUAGAAUGGAGCCGGGUGGGGGAGGGGUAGGGGACGGAUAAGACCAUCUUAUCUCCCAGUACAUCAGGGAUAAGAUAGUGGAGAGGGACAAUGGAGAGAUUAAAUUGUGACCUGAACAUUUCAUUAGUAGACAUCUCAUGGAAAUUUGGGCUCACAAUUCUAGUUAAGAGUUUUGUUGCAUCAACAUAAUCUUUGCCUCUUAGCAUCGGAAAAACCAGAGCAGGAAUGAAUUUUUAAAGGUUGUUUAAUUACUGUGUCAUAUCCAGAAGUUGUGUCUUAUUUUGCUUAAAGUGAUAGUUUGUCACUUAGUCACAAAAGCUCAGUCAUUCGACUGAAACCAGUGUCAAGAAACCACUAUGUGAAAUGUGUUCUGAGGGUUCAGCUUAUAACACAGUGGAAAGGUCUUGAAAAACUCAAAAGCUUAUUCAUUUUCUGCACUAAAAUCAGAACAGACUGAAAGAGGAUCAUUUAGCUAGAUAGGAACAGGAGGUGGCCAUUCAGUCCCUUGAGCCAACUCCACCAUUCAAUUAGAUCAUGAAUAAUUCCAUUUACCCACAUUAGUUCCAUAUCCCUUAACACUUUUAACUAACAAAAAUCUAUCAGACUCAGUCUUGAAAGCUUCAUUUGAUCCCCAGCAUCCACCAUAGCCUUUUGGGGCCAGUUCCAGACUUCUAAUAACUUUUAUGUGAAUGAGCGUUUCCUGACUUUUCCCUCCUGAACAGCCUAGCUCUAAUGUUAAGAUUACACUCCCACUUUCCUGAUUCCCCCACCAGGGAAAAUAGUUUCUAUCUAUCCUAUCAAAUUAUUUUUAACAUUUUAGACAUCUCAAUGCGAUCACCCCUGAAUCUUCUAAGGUCGGGGGAAUACAUGCCCAGUUUAUGCUCCAUUUUUCUUAAUUUGUUUCAUCUAAAGCAAGAUGCUUUGUCUUUGUGCUGCACUGACGUGCAGGGAUGCAAUGUAUCAAACUGCUUUGGCAAGUGGCAACUGUUCUUUGAUUGAAGUUAAACCUGCAAUUCAAAUCAAUAGACCUGAUGGAUACUGAAGUAGGUCAGUCCAGACCAGUCACUCUGUAACUCUUACCAACCCAUUAACGUUUAAUAGCAGACAAGAAAAACGAACUGUGAUUGCUGCAAAUGGGAACAAAAUAAAAAGAAAAUGCUAGAGAUGAACUCAGUCAAUCAGAAUCUGAAUGAAAGACUUGCAUUUAUAUAGCACCUUUCAACAGGACAUCGCAAAGUGCUUUUGAAAUGUAGCUACUAUUGUAAUGUAGGAAGCUCAGCACCCAGUUUGCACACAACAAGCUCCCACAAACAUCAAUCUAUUUUUGUGACAUUGAUUGAAGAAUAAGUAUUGGCCAGGAUGCUGGGGAUAACUCCCCUGCUCUUCUUUGAAAUACUGCCAUGAGAUCAUUUGGAUCCCCUGCAAGAGCAGGAUCUAGGUUUAAUGUCUCAUCACUUCUGGCAACACAGCACUUUUUCAGUACAGUAUUAGUCAUGCUAGCCUGGGUUUUGUCAUUAAGUUUCUGGAGUGAGAUCCAAAUCCACAAGCUUCUGACUCAGAAAUGGGAGUGCUACAUUAAGCCCUGACUCAUGAUGAAAGAUGGGUCAGAUGUGUUCCUCCUGAACUUGAUGGAUAAAGGCAGGAAAAUGUUUCACUGGGACCUAAAUCAGACCUGGCAGGGGCUAGAGGAACAAUAACACAGCUUGAAGCGAGAUCAACAAAAAGGUCCUGAGGUUUCUGUUUGUCUGUUAUUAGAGUUCUGUAAUUAUCCACUUACCAGCAUAUUGGCACUGUUUUUAAUGUGUUUAUGUGGCCUCAGGGGACAGUAAACUGUCCAACUCUCUUUGUACCCUCCCCGCAGCGCAAGGCACAUUUUAAUUCUCGGGGUUCAUUUCAUUAAUUUAAAUUGUACUCCCAUCCAGUCACUCCCAGUGGAAAUUGCUAGUUGGUGAGUGGAAGCAGGAUUUCAAGCAACAGGAGGGAAAUCCAAGAGAAUGACCCCAGCACAAGGGGAAGUGAUGUGGGGUAUAGAUUCCAUCGUGGUCAGGGGAGGGCUAGGGAAAUCUGGACAGGCCCAAGGCUUCCUCGUGAGGCUCAGAGAAGCAACUCCUGCAGAUCCUGGCCCACAAGAUAUCAACUAACCCCAACAAUUAAGUAUCAAUACAGCCCCUGUUUGCUUGCAACAGGCAGCCCCUGCAAAGCUUAAAAUCCAGCAGUUAAAACGGUGGACACAAACAGGUCACAAAUGUAAUGUUAAGCACCCAAAUGCCAUUUUGACUAUCCACAUUUGGGUAGUAUUAAAAUUCGGCCUUUUUUUCCUGCAUGGCAUUAAAAUAUUUUCCUUGACAUUUUCCUUUGGGUAGUUGAUGUCCUCUUUCAAAAGUUAAGACAAGUGGGGGUGAGGGGCAGGGUAUUCUGGUCUGUCACCAUAUACAGGUAGCAACCCCUCACCUGAAUGAAAAGGGGGAAACUGCAAAAGAUCUAUUCUUAAAUACAUAGGUGGAUUUGGAUUUAUUAUAUCAUAGGAUUAAGAUUUUUGCUUUCUUUUCGCUUAUAAAUAGCUCAUCUACUUGUACUGUAACUGGAAAUAAUAAAAUGGUCAACUUG